GCCUUGGUGUGUUGACGAGGACGUGACCAUUAUGUGACUCUGGAAUGCUCUCUGCUUGAUGAGACUAUAUAUAUACAGAGAGAGAGAGAUUCAUUGAACACUCAUUGGGUUAGGUUCAUCAGUGCUGGAUUCAGCCUAGAUUUCGUCUUGCUGUACUGGUAGUAGUUGUGUGGAUUGUGAGGACGGUUACACAGCUGUGUGGAUUGUGUGGACAGUUACACGGUUGUGUGGAUGGUGAUGACGGUGCCAGUCAGUGCUAAUACUACAGUAGUCAGCUGUUUACAACAGUGACAGAGAUUCGCAAUGGCCACUACUCAAGUUACGAUCCCUCUGGAUCACGACUACACGAUGACGACGAUGAACGGUGACUCUAGCCCGGACACAGAGGUUUCUCUCGACUCGUACUUCUCGUUCUUGAACUCCAACUACCAGGAGGAGAUGCUGGUGUCACUGAACGCGCUCCGCAAGAGCGGUGAGUUCUGUGACGUGAAGUUCAUCGUGGACGACCACGAGUUCCCGGCACACCGUGCUGUGCUGGCGACGUGCAGCCCGCUCCUCUUCGACAUGUUCACCAAGGGAGAUAAGUCGGCCACGCUGGAGAUGUUCAAGUUGAAGGACAUUGACUUCACCAGUUUUGAGCAUUUGUUAACGUACAUGUAUACAGGCAGGAUGAACGUGCCCCCGGAAGAGGUUCAGCCACUGUACGUGACGGCGCUCCGGCUGAAGAUGGAUCUGGCGUCGCGCGCCUGCGCCAACUUCCUGGCAGCUAAACUGAGCCCUGUGAACUGCCUAGACAUUCGUACAUCUCUUCUUGAUUCCGAGUUCAGAAGACAGCUGGACCAAUACAUAGAGACCAACAUAGAGGAGGUUAAAAACACCAAGCAGUUCUACAAUCUACCUCGCGUCCAGGUGGAAGUCGUUGGAGCUGAUGACAACCUGUUGAACUCGAGUAAUCGCCACCACCUGUUUGAGCUGGUUCUUGACUGGGCACACAACACACUGGACAGUCACAAGGCCAAAAUCGACUUCAUCACAGAACAGGUGAAUGUUUUGUUGCUGUCGUCGGACAACACUCUACAGAACGUGACGGACACGGACGAGAUAGAGAACCUGAAACAGGAUGAGGUCGUCCAGGACUACAAGAAGCUGAUCCGCAGACAGAGUGGUCUGAACCGUGGCCGUGAUUCGGUGGACAGUAACUCGAGCAGUAACAGCGGGGGUCAGCCGUUCCACAAGUUCAGCAUCAACCCCGAGACUCCGCCCAUUCAGCAGAACGAGUGGACCGUCAUCGCAUGCUACAGAAAUGCAGGCCACACCUAUCUAGCGUUGGUGAUGCUGAACGGCAAGCUGGCGAUGAUAUCGCUCCAUUUCCGCAUCCCACAGUUGAGUCCGUACAACAGCGGGUCGGAGGGGUCGGAGUCCCCUGUGUCCGUCGGCAGUCAGCCCAAGUUCAACAUGUUCGACCGACACCAGACUUUGAAUCCACUGCCCACCAUGAACACACCACGCUGCGGCUUUGGUCUCCGGGCGGUCGCGGGCAGAAUGAUCGCUUGUGGUGGCUAUAACCGCGGUGACAUCAUGGGCUCAGCCGAGGAGUACACCCUGGAGACAAACGAGUGGCGGCCGCUGCCCAACAUGAUGGUGGCACGGGGGCGACAUGCCACCGCACAGCUUGAUGGGAAGGUUUACGCCAUCGGAGGAUCGGACGGGCACACCGAGCUGAUGUCUGUGGAGUAUUACGACCCAGUUAAAAACAGCUGGACACUGGUGGCAGAUCUCCUUGAGGGAAGGUCUUCUCCAGGUGUAGCAGUGCUCAAAGGGAAGGUGUACUGUAUUGGCGGCAGUAUGGGGCAGAACCCCGUCAAGAAGUGCGAAGUCUUCGAUUCAGAUUCAAACAGCUGGAAGAGAAUCUCACCCUUGAACACAGCUCGAUUCCAGGCCGCGGUGAGAGCCUUCAAGGGUCGCCUGUAUGCGAUUGGUGGUAGUGACGGGUGGAACUGUUUGAAUUCCGUCGAGGUUUACAACCCGGAGUUCGACACCUGGGAGUUUGCUCGCCACCUCAAUGUCCCCCGGCGUGGAGCAGGCAUCGAGAAUGUUAAUGGAAAGCUGUUUGUGAUUGGAGGCAGUGACGGAACUCGUUCGCUGGAGUCCACUGAAGUCCUGGAUCCCGAAGACGGUAUUUGGAACUUUGGUCCCCCGAUGACAGCAUGUCGUGCCAACGUGGGAGCCUCGUUUCUCGAGGGCCGUUUGUUCGCCGUGGGAGGCUUCAGCGGGAAGCACUUCCUCGACACGAUGGAGUACCUGGAGGCAGCCAGCGGGGAGUGGUCAUGCUACACCCCCGUCCACAAGACCCCCGAUCUGCCCUGCGAUACAAACACAUCAUCGGAUGUUGUGAGAAGGACUAAUGGUGAAAACCGCAUGAGGCAGAAUGGAUCAACUACCAACGGCUCAAAGUGUGAUGUUACACCUACUACAGCAAAGAUUAUCAUCGGCCACUAGCAUCACGUUUACACUGGGGGGAAUCACACACAACUUCUGACAGAAAUCUCUUAUGGGACGAUUAGACAACUUAUACAGUUUGAUCGAGUUUUGCCAUAUUUGUCCUGGACUUCCUUUUCUUUUCUUUUUCUUUUUUUAUUGUUGUAAAACAUCAUGUUUGGUUUCAAUAUUGGAAUUUAUUUAGUGUACAGAUAUUCUAAAUAUAAUCGUGCCAUUCCUAACGUUUUGACAGGCCAAUCUGACAACACAGUGAAGUGAUAAGUGCAGUUAGUUGGCAAACAGCACAGACAAGAACAUGGUGAAUGGACAAGUACAUUGGGGAAGCACUUGAUUCUGCUUGUUGUAUUCUGAUGUGUGCACCACAUCAGUUUGAAAUGUUUUGGGGUUGAUACAUUAUCAACUUGUCUGUCGAUUACACAGUAUAUUUGUCAGAAUGCCAGUAUGUUUUGAAAACACAUCUACAUUUUCAUAAACGACAUCUUCGUUCACCUGGCAAAUUGCUUCCAACAGUUAUCAAAACAUAAAUUUGGCAUUAAGGCAAAUGUAUUGUGAUGUAUUUGUGUUUUAAUUAUGUAUGUAUUUGAUGUAGCUCAUAAGAACACGGUUAAAAUCACAAACACACCCAUGUUCUCGGUUUCUUUACAAAGCCAUACACAAGCGAUUCAUAAAUGUGUGUUUCUCUUAUCAGAGCAUACGAGUUUGUGUAAGAGAUUAAGCUAAUUGUUUAUAAUUUCUUCUAAAUACAUGUUACUUCUAAAUACAUGUUACUUUAAAGCAACUGACCCGAGUUGGUUGCUGUUGUGGCAUAUAUCUAAAUACAUGUUACUUUAAAGCAACUGACCCGAGUUGCUUGCUGUUGUGGCAUAUAUCUAAAUACAUGUUACUUUAAAGCAACUGACCCGAGUUGCUUGCUGUUGUGGCAUAUAUCUAAAUACAUGUUACUUUAAAGCAACUGACCCGAGUUGGUUGCUGUUGUGGCAUAUAUCUAAAUACAUGUUACUUUAAAGCAACUGACCCGAGUUGGUUGCUGUUGUGGCAUAUAUCUAAAUACAUGUUACUUUAAAGCAACUGACCCGAGUUGCUUGCUGUUGUGGCAUAUAUCUAAAUACAUGUUACUUUAAAGCAACUGACCCGAGUUGGUUGCUGUUGUGGCAUAUAUCUAAAUACAUGUUACUUUAAAGCAACUGACCCGAGUUGCUUGCUGUUGUGGCAUAUAUCUAAAUACAUGUUACUUUAAAGCAACUGACCCGAGUUGCUUGCUGUUGUGGCAUAUAUCUAAAUACAUGUUACUUUAAAGCAACUGACCCGAGUUGGUUGCUGUUGUGGCAUAUAUCUAAAUACAUGUUACUUUAAAGCAACUGACCCGAGUUGGUUGCUGUUGUGGCAUAUAUCUAAAUACAUGUUACUUUAAAGCAACUGACCCGAGUUGCUUGCUGUUGUGGCAUAUAUCUAAAUACAUGUUACUUUAAAGCAACUGACCCGAGUUGCUUGCUGUUGUGGCAUAUAUCUAAAUACAUGUUACUUUAAAGCAACUGACCCGAGUUGGUUGCUGUUGUGGCAUAUAUCUAAAUACAUGUUACUUUAAAGCAACUGACCCGAGUUGGUUGCUGUUGUGGCAUAUAUCCCACUUGUCAAUCACUUUGAACGACUAAAUGAACUACCAACUGUCUAACAUUUCUUGUUGGUUUUGGGGUGUUUAUUUUCUUUAUCCCACUUGUCAAUCACUUUGAACGACUAAAUGAACUACCAACUGUCUAACAUUUCUUGUUGGUUUUGGGGUGUUUAUUUUCUUUAUCCCACUCCCUCUUUCCUUUCUAUUUUGAAUUCCAUCUAAAAAAAAUCCCAAUCUAGAACCACCUAUUUUUCAACUUUUGCUGUCCACCUCCACAUCCCAGUCUUUGUCUCUCCAACCAAUACAGGUGCUUGUGUCUUGUGGCUAUCCAUGCCACACACACACCUAUCAUUUUCCAUCAGCUUUUAGCUGUGGGCUUAGUCUGACCAGUUUGUACAUAUGAAAUUAAUAAGAUGUAAAAUCCAGUUUGGGUUACAUUAAGAUCACCAGAAACAGUCGAUACACAGGCACUGGUAUUCUAAACAAGAAAACAUCAUUAAAAGGUGUGUUAGUCAGAAAUGUGGUAUUCUAAACAAGAAAACAUCAUUAAAAGGUCUGUUAGUCAGAAAUGUGGUAUUCUAAACAAGAAAACAUCAUUAAAAGGUCUGUUAGUCAGAAAUGUGGUAUUCUAAACAAGAAAACAUCAUUAAAAGGUCUGUUAGUCAGAAAUAUGGUAUUCUAAACAAGAAAGUAUCAUUAAAUAUAGUCAGAAAUAUGCGACAAUAGUAGCAAACUCGGACAUUCUCUCCAAACGUUUUUUUUUUUUUUUUAAACAUGUAUUGGACUAAAAGUCCCUCUAAGUAUAUGUAUUUAUAAUGCAUGUAUAAAGCUAAAAGUUGUUAUAAAUACAUGUAUUCUAUUAAAGUUUGUAAUGUUUUGUAACGUAGUGAUCGUUUUAUUUCACUUAAACCACAUUACUUAUGGACCUCACCUACACACCCUUUCCUAUUUAAAAACAAAAUCUACCAUCGGAGACUAGAUAUUAACUAGGUAAGAGCAUAUUGUAAAAUUAUCAUCACACCUUAUGUUUCAAGAUCUUAUGUUUCAAGAUCAUAGAUAACAUCAUUUCAAGACCUCGGACAACAUCAUAUUUCACAAUAACAUUAACAGCCUGGUCAAUCACAGGCAAUGUCCCAACAUUCCAUUUUUAUGUUUUGUGUCUUCAUCUGACAUUAACUGAAUCAAACUGCACAAUCAUUAAGUAACAAGUUCCACUUAGUGUGCACAUUGUUAAACGAAAACUAAUAAUGGAGUAUUUUUGUGUUUGCCAGAGAAAUCUUAAGAACUGGAAUCCAUUUUAGAUCAUCAUAUUUCCUAGUUGAUCCGUUUGUGUUGAGAAUAUUUUAUAUACCAAAUUAUAUUCUGCCUUGUCAACAGAUAUUUAUGUAUGAAUCCUACCACAUUAACUGUACAUGUUCAAAAAGUUUGAAUAUUUUAGUAACUUUUAACUUUGAUCUUUUUUAAAAUGAUUAUUAUUUUUUUAAAAGCUUAGAUCCCAACCAAACGACAAUUUGUAAAAUGCAUGUUUUGGGGGUUUCAUUUGUUGUUGUUGUUUGAGGGGUGGAGGUGUAAAUAGGGUUGAGCAUUAUUUAUUGAAAAAAUUAAAUUAUAGAGUUAUCAAUGUUUGACUUGUGGGUUUUUUGUUUUUUUACUAAAUGUCUUGAUUAUUACUGCACAAUUUCUGAGAGAAUAUAGAUAUAAAUCGGUUCUCACAAAUCUAUAAAAGCCACAUUACUUUCUUAGUUAUUCUCAGAGAGGAUACAAGCAACAUUAUUUUUUCUUAAUCUGACUUAGGCCGUCAUGAAUUAAUGUAAAGAAAUAUUGUUUUGCUUUUUGCAAUACCUUGUUUAUUCCUUUCUGGUACUGGUUGGGAAAUGUUGAAUGUUAACACUGGAAUCGAUAGUUCUCGGUUUUUCAUCUGUAGUCUUAGUUAUGUUUUACUGUCGGGCUUUUGUUGGUCUUGACAGUUUUAACAAAUAAGUUUGUUGUGACAGUUCAUGUCAACAUUGAAUGAUAAGUGAUACAUGUGUAAGUAUCACUGUACUGGCAUAUGUGCACAAGGCAAAGUACUGUAACUAGCAGGGAAGCAGAGGUAUGGUGCAUUCAUUUAUUUAUUGAUUGUAACUUAAUGUUUUCCAUACUCGUAUCCAAAUAAAUUUCAAGUAUGUUGUCCGUUAUCUGGGCUACCUCAUAAUAAAUAUUACAGUACAAAUUCUGGUGGUGGGGUGUAGACAUUUCCCGUUGUAUCAUCUCGCAUAAUAAAUAUGACAUUACCAAAGCUGGUGGUGGGGUCUUGCUGUUUUAUCACCUCCCAUAAUAAAAACUACAUUACGAAGGCUGGUGGUGGGGUGUAGACUUGUCCCAUUGAAUUGCCUUGAACAAUAAAAUGCUUAUUUGGUUGUCGACAUCAACAUACUAGAUAAACCUAUUUACAGCUAUCCUAUUGUGGACUGCACUGGACAUGUACAGUAGGUUACAUACUGGCUAAUAAUGCAUGUUAGUUGUUAGCAACGGCUAGGCCAAAAACAAAAAUGGGAGUUUCUCACAAAAUGCUGGAAAUUAAUAGGCAGGAUAUGUCAACCAUUUUUUAAAAACUAUAUUCACACCUGUAGGUUCAAAUAAAAUGCACUCUUUUAUUUUUUUACUUACUUAUUAAUGAUUUUUUUUUUUAGGCUGUAUUAUCCUCACUGCCUACCAAACCUGACGUAUUAUUUACAAUGGGAAUUGUGAAGGUGUGGACUAUGUGACACGUUCGUUUUUAACACAUGUUCAUUGUUUGUUUGGGUUUGUGGUUGGUGAAAUAUUUCUUUCCAAUUCUUUAUUACUAUGAUAAAAAAAAAAUCAAAUUCAAAUAUUGCCACUUUAGUAUCACAUUUUAUUUUCCUUGUUUAAAAAAAUUACAUUUUAAAAAUAAUAAGUGAACUAUUAAAAAAUAUUUUUCUGUUUUGCAUUAUUUAAAAUACAAAAACUGGCAUUUAUUUUUUGACUACAUGUAUGUUUUUACUGUUAUAAAUAGAGAUACUACUAAAGAGAUUUGAAUCAAAUUGCUAAUGUCAUGAAAGUAGGCUGUGGCUAGAUCUGGGGUAGAACUGUUCUUGGCAGACAGUAAGCAGAUUAUUGUUUGUAAAUACAUGUUCACGGAUGUAAAUAGAAGAUGAUCAUUUUGUUUUUUUAAUGAAAUGUUAUAAGUUUCUCAGAUAUUUCUCAAAUAUUAUACAAUUGUGUUUAAGAGAAAUUUGGUGGAUUUUGUUUUGUUUUGUUUUGUUUUUCUCUUCAGUCUCAUAUGAUAUGUACUGCAGGGUAAUCUUCUGUUCUUGAAAUUUGUUUGGGGAUACAAAUACAUUUCUGACAUUUGAACAGUACAGCCACAUUGAGAAAGGAAUGGUUUUAUUGCAAGUUUACUACAGACAUAUUUAUUGACAGCUUUUCUUGUGUGUUGUGUUUUAAACAGUAUGCUGUUUUGGGUACCAGCAGAUCUUGUCAAAGCAAAUAAGUUCAUUAUUGAAAUAAUAUUAUUCACAAUGUUGAAAAUAAUACAAAGUUGAAUAUUAAAAAGGUUUUGGUGAGUUUUUGUUUGUGAAGUUUCUUUUUGUUCCGAAUACAGCAUACUGGGUGAACAGGAUCAACACAAAAGUUGCCAGUUAAAGUGUUUUGGCAGUUAAAGCGUUUCGGCUUGGACGCGAUCUUGGCCAAGCCAGGAAAAUCUCAUCUGUAUUAUAUACAGCAUUAUAAACAGUAUGUUGAAUUGUUGAUGGAGCAUCUAUAUAUUUGUAAUAACGAUAGUCAUUGUGUUCACUCAUAGUAAAACAUAUUGCAAUCCA